AUGUGUGUUCCUCAGUCAAUGAUGAGGGUAUCGGAACCAAUACUGGACAUGGACAUGGCAAAUUACAGUGAAGUUUUGGACCCAACGUAUACAACCUUGGAGUUUGAAACUAUGCAGAUUCUAUAUAAUUCAAACGAGAGCUCUGCUCCAGAGACAACAAGUAUGAAUACCACAGACAAUGGUGUCAACUGUCUAUGUGCUAUAUGUGGGGACAGAGCGACAGGAAAGCAUUAUGGAGCAUCAAGCUGUGAUGGGUGCAAGGGCUUCUUCAGACGCAGCAUACGCAAGAGUCAUGUUUAUUCCUGCAGGUUCAGUCGGCAAUGUGUUGUUGACAAGGACAAAAGGAAUCAAUGUAGAUAUUGUCGAUUAAGAAAGUGUUUUAGAGCAGGAAUGAAAAAAGAAGCUGUGCAAAAUGAACGUGAUCGAAUAAGCACCAGAAGGAGCACAUUUGAUGGCAGCAACAUCCCCUCCAUUAACACACUGGCACAGGCAGAAAUUCGGUCUCGCCAGAUCUCAGUCUCAAGCCCUGGAGCAAGCACUGACAUAAAUGUUAAGAAAAUUGCAAGUAUCAGUGAUGUCUGCGAAUCUAUGAAGCAGCAGCUCUUAGUCUUGGUGGAAUGGGCUAAAUAUAUCCCCGCCUUCUGUGAGUUACCGCUGGAUGACCAGGUGGCACUGUUGAGAGCUCACGCAGGGGAACAUUUACUGCUUGGAGCGACAAAGAGAUCAAUGGUGUAUAAAGAUAUUUUGCUUUUGGGAAACAACUAUGUAAUUCACCGCAACAGCAGUGAAAUUGAGAUCAGCCGCGUGGCCAACCGGGUUCUAGACGAGUUGGUACGACCAUUUCAAGAAAUUCAGAUUGAUGACAAUGAAUAUGCUUGUUUGAAGGCAAUUGUAUUUUUUGAUCCAGAUGCAAAAGGGCUAAGCGACCCGGUAAAGAUUAAGAACAUGCGGUUCCAAGUGCAGCUCAGUUUGGAGGACUACAUCAAUGACAGGCAAUAUGACUCCCGGGGGAGGUUUGGAGAGCUGCUCUUGCUCCUGCCCACGCUGCAGAGCAUCACCUGGCAAAUGAUUGAGCAAAUACAAUUCGUUAAACUUUUUGGGAUGGUUAAAAUUGACAACUUACUUCAGGAAAUGUUACUGGGUGGUGCUUCCAAUGACGCCAGCCAUCUCCAUCAUCCGGUGCACCCACAUUUGUCUCAAGAUCCAUUAACUGGACAAACUAUACUUUUAGGUCCCAUGUCAACACUGGUUCAUACAGACCAGAUCUCAACUCCUGAGACCCCACUCCCUUCCCCACCACAAGGCUCUGGACAAGAACAGUACAAAAUAGCGGCAAACCAAGCUUCAGUGAUUUCACACCAGCCUCUCUCCAAACAAAAGCAAUUGUGAGAAUAUGUUUACUCCUGAAUGGCACUGCGUAAAUGUGAAAACUUGUUGGUCUUAAAAUAACUCAGGAUAGUACUUUUGGCAAACUCUUAGCCAAGGCUUCUUCAUGGUGCUGUUGUAAGAUGGUAUCCUCUUUUCUUGUUUAUAUGCUCAUUUUGUUUGUUGUUGCUAUUGUUUAAAACUUUCAGAUGCAAAUAAUGUAUAUCUGAGUUUCAAUAUGUUUGUAUAGUAUAUUUUUCCAACUUCCCUUGCACUGCUCUGGAACCAGCUGAAUCUUACGUACUACUUUCAUUUGUUGUCUCGAUAUUAAUUUAAAUCUGUAAAUAAUUGCUUCACUGUGAUGUGAUGCAGAACUGAGUGUUCUUUUGUGACUAAGAAUGGUAGGUAGAUCAGCAAUUCCAGAUCAGUGUAAAAUGAACCAUUUUUUUUUUAUCAAUUUCAAACUUGCAAGUUAGAAAAAUAAAGCAGUUGUUAUAAAAUAGGAAAUAUUUAUUUGAAGAAUCACUUGUGGAUAUCCAGUGGCUAAGAAGCAUCUUUUUGGCACACAGUUAAAUACACCUCUAUCUUAAGCUUAGAAAAUUAUAGCCAUUCCAAGGCUGACUGGCUAUUCCUUGUAAUCCUGCCUAUAUUUGAAGACGUAUUUUAACAUAAAACAUGUUUGUUUUACCAAUCAAGAUACAGGAUAAAUGGUAAAAAAGGAAACCCUUAACACAGUGGCUCGACCAAGAGAAACCCUGCCUUCUCUCUCCUAAAACAAUCUGAUAGUCACCCAUUGACUUGAAUUUUAGCGUAUGCCUGCCUCUAGUUCCCAGGGACCCUGCAAGAGCAGUCUUUGGGUGAUAAGCCUUGUGCCAACUAAAACGGCACCACUCUGGGAGGCUGAUAUUGGGAGACAAAAUGGCCAUUGUCACACACACAGUGUCUCAAUCCUCACGGCAACCCCGUAAGAGAGGUAUGAUUGUCUUUCACUUAUAAAUGAAGAAACCUAUUGCUUGGAGGGUUGAAGUACAUAACUGAAGUUUGUAAACCUGAAGAGCAGGACAGCCACAUUGAUGCCCAGAUCUGCUUGACUCUAAGGAGAAUAAAUCUGGUGUGGAAUGAAAAAUGUGAGCUUCUUACUAUGGUUUUUAAAUAUAUGCAGUUGAUGUGAUGACUGAAUCCUGCCCAUCUUGUUACCUGUAACACAUAUUUACAUGUAAUCAAUGAGUGUAAAUUUGUUGCAGCAUGAAUAAGAAACCACUGUUGUCGCUUUAAUGUCUUCCCCCCAAAACAAAAAACAAAAAAACAAGACAAAAACACAAAACAAAACCUUAAAACAAAUUAAAGGAAAUAAAAGACAUACCAGAUAGGUUAUGAUGAAAACACAAAUGCAAAUCACUGGCUCAGCGGAUUUUCAAAAAUCCAGUGGACUGAGGAGUACAGUUCAUUGGAGCCCUAUUUGAUAUCAUCUAAAGCUGAAGUGUAUUUGAAACAAUGCAUGAUGGGCCACCUCAAGAAAUAGUGAUCUCUCUCACUCUCUUUCUUUAUCAAACACACACACACACACACACACACACGCACACAGAAGCAAGGAAAUAUCACUGAGUAAUUAUGAGUGAUACAAAAAAUAGUGUCCCAACUUGUAAGAGACUAAAUUAACUGAUUUUUACAGAAUCUCUCAAAAUUUCUAAGAUUUCAUAACCCCCCAUUUACCCUACGAAUAAAAAAGGUUCUGUUAAUAUUAACUAACUUAUUAAGUGAGUGUAGAAAAAUGGUUAAUUGGAAGCUAUAAUGGAUUUAAUAAAAUCAAAAUUCCUUCAGUAGCUGGUACCUGAAAACUGUAAAAUAUAUCUUUGAGAGUGAGUGAGGGAAGAGGAAAGUUUACUUCACUCUUAUUUUUUGGAAAUUUACUCUAGCAUCUCAAUUUCAUGUAUAAGAAUGCUUUUGAUCUUUAUAAAUAACAAAUACUUUUGUAGGUUUCUGUUUUACUUGUUGUGCUGUUCUUUUAGUAGAUAUUAAAAAAAUUCAUUUUUAGUGAACCCUUUAACUUAUCUGCAUAUAUUUACUAAACAGCUUUGUUUUAGAAAUUAUUGCUAACGAUUUUGUUUUAAUAACUAUGGUCAGGGAAUUUUUAAUAUAAUAUUUUUGUAUACUUAACUGCCAAAAAUGCUGGACAAAGAGGAACUGAAGUUUUCAGCGUAUUUUCAAAAUAUUGAUAAUGAAACUUAUUGCUUUUAUAUAGCACAAAACUUUUUCAGGUGGUAAAUAUGAAUAAUUUAUUGUGAAAUAAUGAUUCAUUUUAUAAAUGUAAAAUUAUUUUUAUAAAUUUUAUUGUUGAAAAUCAAAACUUACUAAAAUGUUAAGUGUAAAUUAUAGUGAGAUUAAGAUAUUUCUAAACUGUGAUAUGUUGUUUCAC